UAAACAACGAAACGUAAACAAUGCUGAUAAGUAAAUACGAUAUUAAUUAGGAACAUAUCCAGUAUUUAUUUUCAGAAAUCUCACAAGUUUUUAGUCCCAGAAACAAGAAGAUACUAUUUAGUAUUUCCAAUGCGGAUACAGAUACAGAUUUUCAAGCUACAAUGAUUGUCGAUGUAAUCCAAUCCAUGGAGAGGCCAUCAUUCGUUAUCGCCACGCUUUGCUGGCCAGAUUGUAAGGAAAUGUUUAAAAUUAGAAUUGCUUCAUUAAAAUAUUUUCGGCCAAAAACGAGCAAGAAUUCUUUUUUUUUUUUUGCAGAUAAAAAACUAAAGUUACAUUUAAUGCUCGAUGGUUGGUUUCGGGAGUGGGAAUCACGUUAUUUUCAUUUGGAAAUGAAUAUGCAAGUGCAAAAUGUAGUAUUUUUGGCUGAUGUUAACUGUCCUAAUAUUUCUGAUCAUUUUGAAAAGUGUAGUAAAGAAAAAUAUUUUCGGUCCCCAUAUCGAUGGUUGAUCCUGGAUACUUCUGAUACAAAUGACACUAUUCCUGAUGCUAUUUAUGAUUUUGACAUAUUACCCGAUAGCGAAGUGAUGAUCGUUCGACCUGCGAGAAAAACAUAUGAUAUUAAUUUUAUUUAUCGAGUAGGUGCUGGAGAACCUUGGAAGUCGGAACUUUAUGGAACAUGGGAUGAGAGGAACAAACUCAGUAAGAGUGACGUCACAACCAUACCUACGUCAUUACGAAGACAAGAUUUGGGCGGAUAUGAAAUACGAAUUUGUUAUGUCCUUACUGAUAAUGAUAGUAUGAACCAUUUAACUGAUGAAAUUAAUGAUCAUAUUGACACGAUCACAAAGGUAAAUUUCCCGACGACAAAUCAUUUAUUUGAUUUCCUCAAUGCUAAUAGGAAAUAUUUCUUUGCCAACACGUGGGGAUAUCAUCUGAACGGCACUUGGAAUGGGAUGACAGGAUAUCUUGUUAGAGAAGAGGUUGACAUCGGAGGGUCUCCAAUGUUUUUCACCACCGAACGUAUGUCAGUGGUUGAAUACAUAGCGAGCCCAACACCGACCCGAUCGAAGUUUGUAUUUCAACAGCCUAAAUUGUCCUACGAAAAUAAUCUAUUCCUACUUUCCUUCCGAGCUGCGGUAUGGUAUAGCAGUCUAGCGUUGGUCUUCAUAAUGUUGUUAGCCAUUUUCGUUGUAGCUAUGUGGGAAUGGAAGAAGCAUGGAGAUGAUUUUGAAUCGAGAAAUAAAAAUUCUGGUGUCUUGCGACCUAGCAUGGCUGAUAUUAUCAUUAUGAUAUUUGGCGCUACUUGCCAACAAGGAAGUCCUGUUGAGUUAAAAGGUUCACUGGGGCGCAUGGUCAUGUUAAUAUUGUUUCUGGCUUUAAUGUUCCUGUAUACAUCGUACUCGGCAAACAUUGUGGCUCUGCUCCAGUCGAGCUCCUCCAAAAUAAAGACUCUGGAAGAUUUGUUGAACUCCAGGCUCAUGUUUGGUGUUCAUGAUAAUGUUUUUAAUAGAUAUUACUUCGCAACUGCGACUGAACCUAUAAGAAAAGCUAUUUAUGAAAAGAAGGUGGCUCCACCUGGAGUUAAACCAAGGUUUAUGACAAUGGAAGAGGGAGUCAAACGAAUGCAGAAAGGUUUGUUUGCGUUUCACAUGGAGACAGGCGUCGGAUACAAAUUUGUGGGGAAAUACUUCAGAGAAAGUGAGAAGUGCGGCUUAAAGGAAAUUCAAUAUCUACAAGUGAUCGACCCAUUUAUUGCUGUGAGGAAGGAUACUCCGUACAAAGAGAUGUUUAAAAUAGGUCGUAGUAGUAACGAUUACUGGCAUGUGGAAUCAUUUGGAAACUGGACAAAAAACCUUGGACUUAUAAAAUCCGCAGAAAUGGCGAUUUCAACUGCCAUGAGAAGAAAAAAUUUGGAAAAGAAUAUCUUGACUACAUCAGCAACUGCAGUAGAUAAGAGGACGAGGGAGGAUUUGUAUGAUUUACGUAACGUCGAGGUAGACACGCUUACGAAAGCAAACAUCCGCCACACAGACUUACUGUAUGACUUCAUGAACGCUACUAGAGUCAUAAAAUUUACAAAUACCUGGGGAUAUUUUAUAAAUGGCUCAUGGAAUGGUAUUGUUGGACAUUUUGUACAAGGGGAAGCAGAUGUUGGAGGAACUGUAAUGUUUAUAAACGAAGCCCGUCUCAGCGUUGUCCAAUUUCUGUGUCACCCUUCAGAUGUCACCAUAGACUUCGUCUUCCGGGAGCCUCCGUUGUCGUACAAUAGCAACCUGUUCCUGUUGCCCUUUAGUAGUGUCGUCUGGAUGUGUAUCGGUGCUCUUGUUAUGAUAUUGAUGGUGAUCACUUACGUCAAUGCUUAUUGGGAAUCGAUUAAAAUUAAGAAGCACAUUAUGAAGUCUUCAGAUCAUACAACACUGAAACCAAAUAUAAGUGACAUAGUUGUUCUCUUGAUAAGUGCCAUGUGUCAACAGGGAAGUGCUAUAGAACUGAAAGGUGGAGUAGGUCGACUGAUAAUGUUCCUGAUAUUCCUCUCGUUCCUAUUUCUGUAUACCUCUUAUUCUGCAAGCAUAGUCGCCCUUCUACAAUCCAGCUCAAACAGCAUUCACUCAUUAGCUGAUCUUUACAACUCCAAAAUGGAACUUGGCGUGGAAAACAUACCCUACAAUAUAUAUUACUUCACGUCAGCAAAGGACCCUCUAAGAAAAGCAAUUUACGAGAACCGAGUGGCACCAAAAGGACGCAAGCCAAAUUAUUUAACUUUAGAAGAAGGUGUUAAGAAGCUACAGACUAAACCAUUUGCAUUCAACAUGAACGUCGGAGUUGGAUACAGACUGGUGAACAAAUAUUUCUUAGAGCAUGAGAAAUGCGGCUUACAACAAAUCAAUUAUAUCCAUACCAGUCAAGCAUUCAUUGCUUGCCCCAAGUAUUCUCCUUAUGUAGAAAUUUUUAAAGUUGGGUUACAAAGAAGUGUUGAACACGGUUUAAUCGAUCGUAUUAAUCGUAUCAUCUUCUCGAAAAAGCCACAAUGUACGAACCGAGGUGGCCAGUUCAUAUCAGUCAACAUAUUGGACUUUUACCCUAUACUUUUAAUGCUACUUUACGGCAUGGUGCUUUCAAUCCUAAUUUUAUUGAUUGAAUUGGUAGUCCAUCAUAAAUAUACGCAAUUAUGUUGUCAAUUUCGACAUUAACUUAGUAAUUCUUAUUUUUUAUUGUUAAUAUUAUU